AUGGCGGACGCAACUGAGACAUCGGCAGGAGACGCCACCGCUCCUGCCAACAAUGCGCGCAGAGGCCGCGGCCGCGGGGGCUCUCAGGGCGGCAACAGGCAAAGCAACGAGAACCCCGCGUCCACCGGAGAGAGAGGCAGGGGCAAAGGAGGACGUCGCGGAGGACGAGGCCGUGGCAAUCGUGGCGGACGCAAUGCGGACGCAGAUGGUGAUGGAGUUGGAGACAAUGCGCCUACUCGGGCUAGUCGGGGCAACUUUGGCGCUCGUCUUACUGCCGGCGCCAAUUCCACCACAAAUGAUGCGGAAUCCAAGGGCAAAGAACGCGUUGCUGCGGCAGAGGAGGAGGACGAAGGAGAAGUCUGCUUCAUCUGCGCUUCCCCCAUUGACCACCACGCUGUUUCGCCUUGUAACCACCGUACCUGUCACAUUUGUUCCCUUAGGCUGAGGGCGCUGUACAAGUCCAAGGCUUGCGCGCACUGCCGAACACUGUCCGACUUUGUUAUUUUCACCGACGAUCCCGAGAAGAGAUACGAGGAGUUUUCCGAUUCUGAGAUUGCAAGCACCGAUAGCAACUUGGGCAUCAAAUACGAGAAGGCGGAAAUCUGCGACGACACCAUUCUUUUGCUGCGCUACAACUGCCCGGAUGGCUCGUGCGACGCUGCCUGCCUGGGGUGGCCUGACUUGCACAGGCACGUCAAGAGCGUCCACCACAAGGUCAUGUGCGACCUUUGCACGCGGAACAAAAAGGUGUUCACUCACGAGCACCAAUUGUUCACCAAUCAGGAGCUGCGCAAACACGAGAGGUUUGGCGAUGACAACCCUGGCGCCGAGGACCAGAGCGGCUUCAAGGGACACCCCGAAUGCGGUUUCUGUAUGAGGCGCUUCUACGGAGAUGACGAGCUAUAUGUGCACUGCAGAGAAAAGCAUGAACGGUGUCACAUUUGUGACCGGCGUAAUGGCGGGCGCCAGCCACAGUACUACGUCAACUACGAGGCGCUCGAGGUUCAUUUCAAGAAGGACCAUUUCGUGUGUCCGGAUCAGGAGUGCUUGGAAAAGAAGUUUGUUGUCUUCGAAUCUGAGAUGGACCUCAAGGCGCACCAGCUGGAGGCCCAUCCAAAUGGCCUCUCGAAGGAUGCUCGUCGUGAUGCUCGCAGGGUCGACAUGGCCGGGUUCAACUUGCGUGGCUCCCAAGAACCGGAGCGCAGGCAGGGCCGCGGCCGUGGUCGUGGAAGAGACCCAAACUCCGAGCCUCUUCCUGCGUCGUCUGCGCAGCCGCUGCGCAGAGACGAGAUUGCCUACCAAAGACAGCUGGCCAUCCAGAGUGCUCAAUCCGUGACAUCCAGGACGUUUGGAGGCCAGCUGACGUCCACUCCGACGGAGGCAUAUGCAGCACGACCUCCACCCAGCGCUCAGGAACCUCGCACCGUUACGGCUGCCAGACCUGCAGAUGACUUUCCGUCCCUGUCUUCGCUGAGCGUCAGCGACACCGCCAAUCAAGCACGGGCCGCAUCGCCAGCAAGGGACGCACCACUCACGCCGCAGGAGCAAGCGCGCAGGUUGCGGCACAAUGCCGUUACCGAGCGGGCGGCCAACAUGCUCCGCAAUGAUCAGACCAAGGUUGCCGACUUCCGUCAGAAGGUUUCAUUCUACAAGAACGGCUCUGUGACGGCCCCACAGCUGAUCGAGGCGUUCUUUUCCCUGUUUGAUACGUCGUCGGCUGAGCUAGGCAAGCUGAUCAAGGAGCUUGCCGAGAUCUUCGAGAUCUCGUCGAAAAAGGACGCCCUGCUCAAGGCGUGGAACGACUGGAAGGCGAUCAAUGAAGACUACCCCUCUCUUCCCGGCCCCAGCGGUGUGCCGGCAAGCAGCGCAGCUGCCGCUCUUGGAGCAGGUGGCUCCAGGGUUCUCAAGCUCAAGAGCUCCACGGCCCAAUCGUCGCGCUCGUCGAUGGGCCAAAAGGGCAGCUGGAAUUCAGUUUCCACCAGCCUAUUCCCUCCCCUGCCUUCCGGCGCUUCGUCGAGUCGGGCUGCGACGGGCACGGGAAGCGCCAAUUGGGCGUCGUCGUCUUCUAACCGGCCGUCACCAGUGCCAUCGCGGACGGCUUCGCAGACGAACCUGGCCAGCAAGAAGGCGGCGCCUCCCAGCGCCGACGCGUUCCCGGCACUGCCCGCAGCGAAAAAGCCGGCGUCGACAGUCUUCACGCCGGGCUACAACGGACGUGCGGUGCGCAAUGUCAAGGGCAACGGUCCUGCAGUCAACGCGUGGGGUGUGGGUGGAGCCGGCAGCGGAUCGUCAACACCUGCGGAAGCUAUGGCCGAAGACGAACCUGUGGGUGGAGGCAAGAAGAAGGGAAACAAGAACAAGAAGCAAACCCUGUUUCACUUUGGUUAA